UGCAACCUUGUGUAUUACCUACUUGUCAGUCACAACGAAACUUGGAGAGACGUUCUCACAAAGAAUGUGUCCUUGGGCUCUGUCCUUGAAGCACUUGGAGACAACAAACUCUUCAGAUUUUACGAUCUAAUAAACAGCCUCAGAGAUGAGGUUGACAUAAAAUGUGCAUUUUUUGACAAAUAUCUGACUUACUCAAAGCCCAGCAGGAAGAAAGAUGAUCCCUCAUACAUUUCCAAAGACACCUCAGAAUGCUACAGGAAUUAUGUCGGAGACUCCCCACUGAAGCAUUUCAAACAAAAAGGUGCUGAUCUCAUCCAGAAGCUUAAACAAAACCAGGUGGACACCUCUGUUGGAGUACUCUCCUGUCUUGACGGAGAAUGCACUGAAUCAGACCUUAAACAAAUAACCACAUGGUGGGAAGAACUCUUCCUGCACAAAGAUUCAGUAACAGCGCUGGCCAACUGCAUCCUCGCAAUUCUUCCUUCUAAAUGCAGAGAGAGAGAAGAGAGAGAAUUUAAACUGCCUCUGAUUCCCAAAGAUUCACCUGAGCUCCACAUGUUAGCCCUCCUCCUGUGCUGGCCUACAGACAGUGAAGACAAACGUGUCAUCGACCUCGGGAAAUUCAUUCUGGGUAUGCAACAUGCCUACGAACAUGCAUACAAGAUGCACUUUCGAUCAAGGUACCUCCGCCCUCUGUUUUUCAUUGGAAAAGGUCAAGAUUUGGACAGAAUUGUUCACAGUAAGGUCCUCGAAAAAAUAUUUCUUGACUCAAAUCAGGAAACAAUACAAGAUUGGAGCAACAACUGGAGCAACGAGAAGAUUUUCCAAGAGCCCAAGGUCCAAGAACACCUUCUCAGAGUGACAGGGGAGGUACGCAACUGUAGAGUCUAUGCAACUGUUGAUGGUACAUUGAUUGAGCUGGACGCAAACCUCCAAAACAGCCUCUGGAAACACCGCCAAGUAUUUUUUUACCUUGGCUUUACCAUCAGAGGACCUGUAGCCUUUGCCAUCCAGACAAAACCUGCGGAAAAGGUGAUGAGCAGCUCAGAGCCAGAACAAAUACAACCUGACCCAUCUGUCUCAGCAGAUACCACUGGAGGUCAGCAUUUUGUGGAUCGCCAUCGGACAGCUCUGAUUGAGAGAGUGACGGAUACAGGAACCAUCCUGGAUAAGCUCAUGGAAAGGGGGGUGAUCUCAGAUGAGAAGUAUGAUGCUGUGAGAGCUUUAAAAACCACUCAAGACCAAAUGAAGCACAUUCUUCAGUGUUUGGCUUCAGCCAGCACAAGAGGCAAAGACGCUCUCUAUGAAAUCCUGAAAGGGAUGAGAAGUAUGAGGCCUCUCAUAACUGAGCUUGAAGAAUGUGAAUAAAGGAACAAAACAUAAAUGUCAAAGGCAGUGCUGUGCCCUUGGACAUUUGACACAAAGGACACUGGACACAAUGUUAUUCAUCAAAUGUUUAGCCUCCCCCUUACAGGGUCAAACAGUCGAGCACUUUUAGUAAUGGACUUAUUAGUCUCUGCUGUGAAAAGAGAUGCUACAGGUCAUUUAUAUCAGCUGAUCUCCAUCAGACACCUCUGAUGAAAAUAGUGAUUUCAUUUAAAGGGACCUAUUGUGCUCAUUUUCAGGUUAAUACUUGUAUUUUGGGUUUCUGAAUAUGUUUACAGGCUUUAAUGAUCAAAAAACACUUUCUUUUCCUCUCUCUGUCUGUGCUGGAACACCUCCAUUCACCCAGUAUGCAGUGAUUGCUCCACCUCUACACUACAGCAACAAAGAUUACACGUUUCCCUGACGUUAGCGUGUAGCUUCAUGUAGCAGUGUAGGCUAUGUAAUGCCAACAUCUGCAUUUGUAGCAUGGAGCAGAUGUUCAUAUAAAGAAAUCAGUCAUGAGCUGACGUCAGCUUGUCUCGAAAGUCGAAAAAAAAAACUCCCACAGGAAACAGAGUAUUCAGAAGGCAUCAUAGGUCUCUUUCAAAGAAAUUGAGUUCCUAAAACUUUAAUCAUUUGCUUGGUAUCUAUUUUAGUAUUUUGUUUUGCUGGGUUUAUGGAAAAUAUGAAGAUAUGUUUUUGGUGUAUUAAGAUGACUAAAGGCCAUGCAAAAUAUAAAGAAACAGGUUUUCUCAGUGGAAAUAUUUUUGAUAUAUAUAUUUUUUGUACUAUCAGUCUUCUUAUUCCUUUCUUGUAUGUUACAUUUUUACACCAAACUAACUCAAUGUGAUUGUGAAGGUCGCACUUAGGUACGUUUUUAAAGACACAGAUUCUGUUAAUUAGAUUGUAUGUGACACUUGUAAAUCUUCUGAGAGCAGAUUUUAUCUUCAUUAUCGAGCCACAACCUGGGCAGAGCUCAACCUGGUGUGUUUUUUUUUUCUUAAAGAAAGUGUGUAAGGAAGAACACAUAGCUUUUAUGUUUCACUGUAAUGUGCUUGACAAAAGACUUGUAGGAUUAAUGUAGAGAUUUAAGGUUGGUUUGGGUUUUUGUUGUUGUUUGGUUUUGUUUAGUGUAACAGGCAAAUCUUUUUAAUCCUGUGUCAUUUAUGUUUUCCUGUGUUACUUCCUGUUAUCUUGUUUCUA